CACGGAAGUAGUGUGGACGUGUGGGAGAAAAGCGCUAGGAAGACCGUCAGAAAGCUUCUUCUCUAAGUGCUGGUCCGUUCCCCCUGGUCAGCUUGCCACGAAAUGCCCCUGAGACGAUGGGACAGGCUCUGUGUAUUUGCUCUCGAGGGACCAUUACCGUCGACAACAAGAAAUACUACUUCAUCCAGAAGCUAGAUGAGGGCGGCUUCAGCUACGUGGACCUGGUGGAGGGCGCGCACGACGGGCGCUUCUACGCGCUCAAGCGCAUCCUGUGCCACGACCGCGAGGGCCGGCAGGAGGCGCAGACGGAGGUGGAGAUGCACCGGCUGUUCGACCACCCCAACGUCCUGCGCCUCACCGGGCACGCCUUCGUGGAGCGCGGCGGCAAGACGGAGGCCUGGCUGCUGCUGCCCUACGUCAGCAAGGGAAGCCUGUGGUCAACACUGGAGAAGUUGAGGGACAAGAGCGGCUCCAUGCCAGAGAGUCGCAUCAUCUACAUCCUGAGGGGGAUCUGUGACGGCCUCAAGGCCAUCCAUGACCGAGGCUACGCACACAGAGACCUGAAGCCCACAAACGUUCUGCUGGACGAGAAUGACCGGCCGGUUCUAAUGGACCUGGGUUCUAUGAACAGGGCCCGCAUAGAGGUGCGGGGCUCCAGAGAAGCGAUGACCAUUCAGGACUGGGCAGCUCAGAGGUGCACCAUCUCGUACAGGGCCCCUGAGCUGUUCAACGUGGAGAGCCAGUGUAUCAUCGACGAGCGCACGGACAUCUGGUCCCUAGGCUGCGUGCUGUACAGCAUGAUGAUGUUGGAGGGCCCGUAUGACAUGGUGUUCCAGAAAGGGGACAGCGUGGCCCUCGCUGUUCAGAACCUUGUCACCAUUCCACAGCCCUGCAGCUACUCCCAGAGCCUCCAGGGCCUCCUGAGCUCCAUGAUGGUGCCCAACCCACAGGAGAGGCCUGACAUCAGCUGGGUCUUGGACCAGGUCCAGAACCUCCAGAACUCCACCCCAGCGCCAGCCGACGCCAACCGGGUAUGAUGGCCCCGAUGAGGGAGUAAGCUUGGAGCAACAUUGCAUUUCUCUCUCUCUCUCUCUCUCUCUCUUUCUCCCUCUCUCUCUCUCUUUCUUUCUUUUUCUCUCUUUCAGCUUCUCUCUCUCUCUCUCUCUCUCACGGGACUAUGCACACUCUCUUUGGGACAAACACGCUGUUCAUCCUCAACCAGGGGAGCCACCGGACACGGGUGCUCAUGGUUACCUCAAGCUUACCUGGCAUCCGAACGUGCAGAACACGCACACACACACACACACACACACACGUACACAAACACGUACCAGCACAUGUUGCUGUUUUCUAUAUUCACAGAAUGCACUACUGAGCAGCGUACCAACCAACAUCUUCUUAAAGAAGCACUACUUGAUGCUGUGCGUAGUAAGUCAUGGAUUUUAGCGUAGGACUGAAGACAAGAAGCUACAGGACAAAUUAGUCAUAGGAUUUAUUUAGCAUGUAGUUUGCAUUUGGGACAUAUGAGCAUGCUUGGAAGUCACAGCAGCACAUUUGACGGUCGAUUUCAUGUCCAACCCUUUAACUUCUCAGUUUCUUUUUAAUCUUUAUUCUGCACUAGUUAAGCAAUGGACGGAGACCCUCACAAGCAUGUUUCUAUGAUAAAAAACAUAAUACAUAUAUCAAAACUGUCAUAUAAUCAUCAACACAAUUAUCACUGCCACUCACUGUUGUUUUAUAAUGGCUUUUGCAGAAAGCCCACUGGAUGAGUCCAUCUCUAGAAUCUCUAGAUUUAAGGGAGGGAGGGGGGGCCGUUACUGAAGCCUACUUGGGACCUAAUAAGAUUUGAAUGAGAUGCAUGUCGCAGGAAUAUAGACACAUUGAGAGAUACUCUGCAAAAGACAGGUCAUGCUAGUUCAGGAUGAGAGAGGAAAUAGUGUUUCUGAAGGUGGAGAACCGUUGAGAGCCAGUUUAUUAAAAGAAGCUGGUAUAGUCAGCUGUGGAGCCCCCAGGGUUAUUAAUCUGUAGGGAUGAUUGUGACAUUGGCCCUUAGUGUCAUUCCAUCUUUAUCUGAAAUGAUUUCAGGAUUUGUAACUGUUGAUUUUAAGGUACUGAUUUAUAUGCUGCAUUCAUGCAUUUUAUAAUAUUUGUGUAUACCAUGUGUGAGUGUUUGUAUAUAUGUGCAUGUGUGUGCACAAGUUCAUAUUUUCUUGUGUUUGAAUGUGUGAAAUCCAUGUAAAUGUAAAAUCUCAGUUUGUAAGGAACUAUACAUGAGCUUUGUAGGAGACUCAAAAGAUGCAUAGAUUCAUUUGCAAGGCAUCACGUGCACUGUGAUGAGGCAUUAUAAAGCCAUUUGCCUUUUAGACAAAAAAACAAGACUGCAUUUGCAAAUGCUGGUCUCGCUGCAGUAGUGACUGUGUGGAUUACUCUAAAUAUCAAGAGAAGCAAGUUAUCUUUUAUUUCAAUUGUAAUUACUUUUGUGUGUUUGUGACUUUGGAACAUCUAAUUUAAGUAAGAAUUCUGGGCAUAUUAAGGCUGCUAUCUCAUCUCCUCACUGUACUACAAGGGCAUGAUAGAUAUGUUGAAGGACUAAUUUCAGUCUUCUGUGUAAUUGUGAGCACAGGAAAUGUAUGCGCAAAUGGUGACUUUGCAAGGCCUUUAUUCUCAUUUAAGGUACAUUAUGAGAACUUAUUUGACAGUGUUAUUGAAUGACUCAUCAUAUUGAUCUGGAUGUUUGGUGUUUUCUGACACAAGUUAGGCUUUUACAAAGAGUGCAGGAACUCUCUCAUUCUUUCUAGAAAGAAUGGUCAACGCUUUGGUGGUCUGGUCAGUCUGGAAAUUAAUGUUAUUAAUUAAUGCACAUUAAACCAUAAAUCUAAUGA